UUCUUAAUUCUGGAACCUCCUACAAAUGAUGCUCAAACAUGCUGUUUUAGCAGGCAGCUCCGUAGAUUUUGAGACGCAGCCUAUCACUCCUUCGUCAAUGGAGAAAGCGGGGAUUUAGCAAGGCCACGUUGUUUUUAUAACUUUAAGUAUAUUGUUGUUAAAUAGAGGAAUUUUAAUGUCAGUCGCAAACGCAAAAAAGACGAUUCUCAAUCCGACUGUCCCCUUCACUGAGAUUAUACCGGGUGGUCUUCACCCAGGAGAGAUGAUUGUUAUACAAGGAUGUGUUCAUAAUGAUGCUGACAGGUUUCAGUUUGAUUUGACAUGUGGCUGCAGCACAAAGCCACGGGCGGAUGUUGCCUUUCACUUCAAUCCCCGCUUCAGCAGCUCUCCGCAGAUCGUGUGCAACACUUUACAACGCGAAAACUGGGGAAGAGAAGAAAAUAUGGACCUCAUGCCUUUUAAAAAAGGAGCAUCAUUUGAGACCAUUAUCUUGGUACUUCGUGAUGUUUUCAAAGUAGCAGUAAAUGGUGUUCACAUUUUGGAGUAUGAACACAGAAUUCCUCUUGAGAUGGUCGACACAUUUUCAGUCUCUGGAAAAGUAGAACUGCAUGCCAUUGGCUUUAUCCCUGACUCAGCAAUAUUUUCAAAAUCAGGUGACCAAAGCAUACCUUACAUGGGCAGUUUACUUAGAGGAGUCAUUCCAGGGCAGCAUAUAACAAUCAAAGGGCAUGUCAGCUUAUUCCCUCACAGUUUCACUGUUAACCUGAGGUGCAGCCAAUCAAACAACAUCGCCCUGCACCUUAACUCACACAUCAAAUCUGGCAUGCUUAUCAGGAACUCUUUUCUCAGCCAGUCAUGGGGCCCAGAGGAGCGAGAACUGCCAUACUUUCCCUUUUCAGCUGGAAACUACUUUGAGAUGAUCAUCCUAUGUCAGCUUCAUCAGUUUAAGAUAGCAAUUAACGGAUCCCACCUGCUGGAUUACAAGCACAGAGUGCAGGACUUGAGCUCCAUUGAUCAGCUGGAGAUUCUGGGAGACGUGGAACUGCAGAACGUUCAAUUGUGGUGAGAUAUCAAACAACAGAAGGAUAUUUAGGUUCUUCCUCACUUUUCUUUCCAGUGUUCCUCAGCCAUGCACUGUUUUAAAGAACACAUGGUUCUGUUAUGAUGUCUUAAGUCUAAACAGAUGCACAUCACAAUGUACGAUGUAUGUAACAAAUGUAAUAGGUUAACUAUAUUUUUACAAUCAGCCAUCACUUAACAUGAAGGGCUUUUUUCAAUGACAACCCACUUUUUUUCUAAUCCAAGUUUGGCCUCUUCGCGCAAUGAAAACAAGGAAGACUACUAAAACUGAAAACAAAAAUUUGCUAAUUUGUUUGCUUGAUUGCUCUAGCAGUACUUAAUAGCAGAGAAUACAGUGAGAUGCAUUCUAGGUUUACAUAAUUGAAUUUAACUUGAUUUUUCUUAGAUUAGCUCAACUGACUUCAAAUCUCAAAAAAUAAUGAUAACAUGUUCAUCUAUAUGCAUCUCUUGGUAGUAAUUAUAUUUCCUUAGAAAUCUGUGACAAGGACAUGUUGGUAAAAUGUUUGGAAAAAUUGAUGAGUACAGUGGAUAAUGCUAAUUAUUUUCUCAGAACUAAAUUUAAUAGUUUUAGCCUUUUUUUAAACAGAUGUAUCAUACAGGUGUAGUUUAUAACAUUAGUGAAACAUGCCUUUAGUAAAUGUAUGACUACUAAAGUAUGCAAAUACUUCCUGUUUUUAUUUUGUUUAGUUUAUCUAUUGUUUUAUAAUUUAUAACCUAACAAACAUCCAAUGUUUGUUUUGAAAAGUGUAAUGAAAUGACAUUCAUGUAUUAAAUGUCGCUCAAAUGCCACAAAAUAUUUAUUGUGUGAUUAU